AUGCCUUUAUCGUUUGGGGGAGUUACCACAAAACUCAUAGCCUCAAACUCACCAUCAAAUAAUUCUUCAAGUUUUUCUAGAAUUAAUGCAUCAAAUGGUUCAGUAGUUCAACAAGAAAUAUGUGGCACAGAAGAACUUUCUUGGAAAUCAAGUCCUAUAAAAUAUGCUGGUUGCGAUUCAAAUACUUUAUCAAGCUCAUUUUUUUUGUCUAUAAGUAAUUUAAGUAGCUUUUCAACUUUAGCAUGUGAAGCAGCUGAAGUUCCAAAAUACAGAUAUGAUUCUAAGGAAAGGAAAUUUGAGAAAUUUGAAUCAAAUGAUUCAAUCCGAAUAUUCGACUCACUAAUGAGCACAGAUAUUGAAAGCCCAGAAUAUGAUAGCAAUAAUGAAAAAGCUACCUUUUAG